AUGAAGCGCCUGAUUCUCUUUUGCGACGGCACACUCGAGGACGCCGAUACGCAGAAGGACCUCGACUUGUACACCAACAUCGGAAGGCUGUCAAGGGCGGUCAAGGAGCUGGACGAGCGAGAGAAUCCGCCGGUCGAGCAGAUCAAGUUCUACCAGAGCGGAGUCGGUACGGACGAGGCCGCGUUGGGUGGACUCGUCACGGGCGCGCUGGGACGCGGCAUGAUGCAGAAAGUACGCGAUCUGUACGACUUUGUGGCAUUGAACUGGGAGAUGGGCGACGAGAUAUACCUGUUCGGGUUCUCGCGUGGCGCCUACACCGUUCGCCUGCUUUGCUCUCUACUGAACGUGAUCGGCAUCCUCCCACCCCGUUCCUACCUCCACCUCUUCCCCUCGAUCUUCGCGGCCCUCGACUCCCACACGGGCAAGAAUGACUCGGACGACCACCGUGCCCUGAGCGAGGUGACGAAGCUGUUGAGGCCGCUUGAGGGGUUCAGGAGGGAACAGGUCAAGGCGUUGGAGGGGAAGUUUCUGGUCAAGUGCGUCGGGGUCUUUGAUACGGUCGCAACCCGUGGCCGUCCAACCUCCCUCCGCCUCGACCCCCCCUCUCCCUCCUCUACCUCUCCACGUUUCAACUCCUUCGGCUUCGACGAGUCCAUACUCGAGCCCAUCGUCGAAAACGCCUUUCAGGCACUUGCGAUAGACGAGAGGAGGAUCGACUUUAGGCCGGUCUUGUGGAAUCGGUAUGGGGCUGUCGGGGGUGGGAAAGGAGGGCAGGGAGGGAUUCCGGGACAGAGGUUGUUGCAGGUCUGGUUUCCGGGCGCACAUGCGGACAUUGGCGGCAGCUACAAAGAGUCUGACCUAUCCUUUCUCACGCUCUCCUGGCUCGUCUCCGAGACCGAAUCCUUCCUCGCGUUCGACUACGACUACCUCCGCCGACUCGUGGUUGGGAAGGCGGUGGCGCCUUGGGGAGCGAUGGAAGCUCAUCAGUCUCGUAUAGGAGAGUUCCGCCUCGCGCCGCCCAUGGACCGCCUCCUUCCCACUUCCUUCAACCCCGCAACCUGCGAGUACUACCACCCCUCCGUCCUCGCUCGACCGCCAUCACAAAUCCGCCCGGACCUCCUUCCGCUACUCAAGAAGCCUGAGCUGUUCGUCAAGCUUGGCACGUGGGAGCAGGCGGUGAAGAGAGAAUGGACGCUGGCGACGAAGUUGGCGAAGGUUGGAGAGGGGCAGGAGAAGGCCGCGGUUGGUGGAGGUGCGGGUAUGGCGGGAGGGAGUCAAGAUGUCGCAAGGCCGUCGUCAGUCACGUCUUUCACCGACAAUGAGUCGCCGCAUCCAUCGCUGGCGUCAUCGACCUCGUCCCUCCCGCUCGACAAGCCGGCCUUUGUAUCCUCCGCGACUUCCCUCCCGCCUUACCUGCCUUCGACCACCCUCCCCGCCUACCCACGCGCCCCUGUGACUGCCCCGUCGACACAGCCGCCGUUCGACGAGGACCCGGACCCGUUCGCGGUGCUUUCGAGACGCAAGAAGGGUGAACCGACGGUGCUGGCGUCAGCGCGGCGUCUCCUCCACCGCCUCGAGAGUCGUGGACGCCACAUCGUCGCUCAGCGGUAUGCGUAG